UGUGCGUUCGUCAGAAUGUUAAAAAUCGAAACGAAUCACACUUGCUGCAAACCUUUGAAUGGUUUUUCAAAUUCUGUUUACGAUUUUCCUCAAAAUCGUAACCAUGAGGAAUACCAAUACCUCAAUCACAUUCUACAAAUUUUAGAGAAAGGAGUAAAAAGGAUCGAUAGAACACGUAUUGGAACUUUAUCAAUUUUCGGUGUCCAGAUGCGUUAUUCUCUUCGUGAUAAUGUCUUUCCUUUAUUAACAACGAAAAGGGUUUUUUGGAGAGCAGUCGUCGAAGAAUUGCUUUGGUUCAUUAAAGGGUCAACGAAUUCCAAUGAUCUCAAGGAAAAAAAUGUACACAUUUGGAACGCGAAUAGCAGUAGGGAGUUUUUGGAUUCGGUCGGUUUAGAGGAUUACGAGGAGGGCGAUUUGGGACCGAUUUACGGGUUUCAGUGGCGACACUUUGGCGCUGAUUAUAGAGGCAUGAGAGAUGAUUACACGAACGAAGGAAUUGAUCAACUUGCUAAAGUUAUUCAUACGAUCAAAACAAAUCCAAACGAUAGAAGAAUAAUUAUGUCGGCGUGGAAUCCGAUAGACCUGCACAAAAUGGCACUGCCCCCUUGUCACUGUCUUGCACAGUUUUUUGUAGCUGAUGGUGAACUAAGUUGCUUGUUGUAUCAGAGGGCUGGGGACAUGGGUUUGGGGGUACCGUUUAAUAUUGCCAGUUAUGCUCUGCUUACUCGAAUGAUUGCACAUGUUACAGCAUUAAAGCCAGGAGAGUUUAUUCAUAGUAUUGGGGAUAGCCAUGUUUAUUUAAAUCAUGUUGAACCCAUUAAGGAGCAGUUGACAAGAGCACCGAGAUCUUUUCCAACAUUAAAUAUAAAAAGACAAGUAAACAGUAUUGAUGAUUUUACUUUUGAAGAUUUUGAGCUUGUUGGAUAUAAUCCACAUCCUAAAUUGUAUCUGCCUAUGGCGUUGUAAGUUGUAACUUACUAACAUUUGAUAUGUAACUAUCAACCACUCAGUUUUUAUUCAUUUUAAUUUAUGUCUUAGGAACAUAUUGCUAAGAAUACUAGACAGUCGUUAAGUACGUUUUAGAUGUAAUAUACAAGGUGUUUCGUUUUUAUUGUUACAAAUUUAAAUAGGUGAUUGAAUAUUCAAUUUUAAGAUAAAAGUUUCCUAUAAACAUGUGUCGAAAAAAUUAAAUAAGGGAGCUACAUCCUCUGAA